AUGCUUCUCUGCAGAUCAAUUGAAUCUCUUGCACUACUCGUUUUCGUGCUAUUCCUGCUAUGUAGGCAGGCGAACGCCAAUCGUGAAGUCACUUUCACUAAAAUCACUAGCGCGUUCAAUGGAAGCAUGCUUUACCAGAGAUCUAUAGAAACUGAAGACUUCUGCCUGAAUGUUUGCUACGACGAGGGUCACUGCAAAUUCGUCCAUUAUUCCAAGAACAAUUGCACUCUUUACGAUUCGGGAUCAAUUACAUACACUCCCAGCGAAGUUACCUACGAACUUGACCGAAAACUGAGUGAUUGGCCUACAUGCAAGAAGGAAGUACCGAUUCGAAAAAAUGUGCAAUUCAAACCCAUUGAAGUAAAGUCUACUGAGGGCGUAGAAUGCAACGGACUACCAAAAGACGUCACUGUCAUCUUCACGUAUCUGACAGAGGGAAAUACCACGGUUCUCAUGGGCAAAUCUGAUCUGUUCGGAAACUUCACCGCUAUGCAAAGAUUGAUUUUCUCAAGAACUCCUCAAGAGCGGUGUGUUUCGGUUCCCGUUUUCAGCGGAGCUAGUAACACUAAACUGUAUUUCGGGCACGUAUACAACACAAGUGGUUACUACUUCAUGGAUGCUUAUGCUUUCUCUGGGAUGUGCGCCUGUGAGACUCACGCCUGCUGCGGAAUUACCCCUCUCAAAGAAUGCAACUGGUAUCGGGAUGGCAAGUUUAAUGGUGUGAUUUACGUCAAGUCUGGUGAAACUCCUGCUGAAAUUGGCAUACAAGGCCAACUCCGCAAUAGUAAACAUUUCGAGCAGCAAUUCUACAUUGCUGGUGUAGAGUGGCUAUGA